GAAGAUCCACUUCGAUCAGAGACGCUGAUAGGAGACGCGCAAGGAAACUUGCCCGAAAAUAAGUGGAACUUUAAUAAAUUGACUUUAUUUUAUAUUAAAAAAAAAAAAAAAAGCAUUCUUGAGUGCAAUUUCCAUUGCAGAAGAUGUGUUCCACAGCGUGUUUUCUCUUUCUAUCCUUGUGCGUAAUCAACACAGCACUUUCCACUUCUUUUGAGUCAGAGGAUAUUGUACCUGUUCGGAUAAAUGGAAGAAGCAGCGGGCGGUUUUGGAAAAGAAGCGAGGAACUGCCGAGUUUUAUUCUCAGCGCAUUUGGCACAGACUUUACUCUCAAUCUGAUGCCAGAUACCAGCUUCAUAGCACCUUCUUUCACUAUACACCGCAUCAGCGCCAGAGAUUUUGGCGGUUUACGCAGCGCCUCAGGUGCCCAACCUUUCCUGGACUCAAAUCUCCAGAAAAUAACCAACCAGACAGAAGAGACCGAAGGGCAUCUGAGAGGCUGUUUUUACUCUGGGAACGUAGACAACAACCAGAACUCGCUUGUUGCAGUCAGUUUGUGCUCCGGCAUCUUUGGAACAUUCAUAACAGAGGGGAAAGAGUAUUUGAUUGAGCCCAAACUGCGCGGCUCGGGGCCGGACUCUGCUGAACAGCUGCAUGUCAUCAAACGGAGGACAUUCACCCAAAGUCACAAUGUUCCCGUUAUGUUCGACCACCCGUCGGAGGAGCCACGAGCAGCGAAAUACGAAUGGGAAAAUUUUACGCACGGCGGCGGUGACGCACGGAGGGAAUCUCGCCGGAGACGUUUUGUAUCCGCGCCACGGUUCAUAGAGACCCUGGUGGUUGCAGACGCAUCCAUGACCCAAUUCUAUGGAGAUGAAAUAAAGCACUAUGUCCUGACUCUGGUGUCCAUGGCUGCCCAGCUCUACAAGCACCCCAGCAUAAAGAACUCAGUGAACAUGGUGGUGGUGAAGAUGCUGGUGGUGGAGGAUGAGGAGGUCGGCCCGGAGAUCUCCAGCAACGGAGGUGUGGCUCUGAGGAACUUCUGCUCCUGGCAGCAGCUCUUCAACCCACCGAGCCAGAGGCACCCGGAGCACUACGACACCGCCGUGCUCUUCACCAGGGAGGACAUCUGUGGACACCAGAGCUGUGACACUUUGGGUGUGGCCGAUGUCGGGACGAUGUGCGAUCCCAAGAGAAGCUGCUCCGUCAUCGAGGACAACGGCUUGCAAGCUGCCUUCACUGCUGCACAUGAGCUCGGUCAUGUGUUAAGUAUGCCUCAUGAUGACUCCAAGACCUGUGAGAAGCUGUUUGGGGAUCUGGGAGGACAUUACCUGAUGGCUCCUCUGUUUGUCAACCUCAACAAGACGUCGCCUUGGUCUCCAUGCAGCGCGCUCUACAUCACCGAGUUCUUCGACAAUGGACACGGGGAUUGCCUGCUGGAUGCCCCGGAGAAUACCAUGCCACUGCCGAGAGAGCUGCCAGGCACCACAUACAGCCUGGACCGACAGUGCCAGCAGAUCUUCGGAGAAGAGUUUGUCCACUGUCCCAAUACCUCAGACAGCGACGUUUGCAGCCAACUGUGGUGUCAGGAGGAUGGCAAGAUGCACUGCACCACCAAAAACGGCAGCUUGCCCUGGGCCGAUGGAACCCCCUGUGGCCCCAAUGGGACCUGCCUCCAUGGAGCAUGCAUGGCCACCGAGGAGGUUAUGCAGCCACUAGUGGUUGUGGACGGCGGCUGGAGCUUGUGGGGACCGUGGCAGCAGUGCUCCAGAACAUGUGGGGGCGGGGUGGAGUUCUCCUACAGGGAGUGUACUGACCCUGUGCCCCAGAAUGGAGGAAAGUACUGCGAGGGACAGCGGGUUCAGUACCAGUCCUGUAACACACAACCCUGUGACAACAAGGACGGAAAGAGUUUCAGAGAGGAGCAGUGUGAGAAGUACAACAGCCCCAGCUACCUGGACCUCAACGGCAACAUGAAACAGUGGAUCCCAAAGUACGCUGGGGUUUCUCCCAGAGACAGAUGCAAGCUGUUCUGCAGGGCCAGGGGCAGCAGUGAAUUCAAGGUGUUUGAAGCCAAGGUAAUCGAUGGAACGACCUGUGGCCCUGACACCACGUCGGUGUGUGUCCAAGGCCAGUGUGUGAAAGCAGGCUGCGACCAGGUGAUUGGAUCCAACAAAAGAGUGGAUAAGUGCGGAGUGUGUGGAGGAAAUGGCCUGACCUGCAGGAAGAUCACAGGUUCCUACAAUAAAGCCACUUAUGGAUACAGUGACAUAGUCACCAUCCCCAUCGGAGCAACCAACAUCGACAUCAAACAGCGGAGCCACCGCGGCAUCAAACACGAUGGGAACUACCUGGCUAUAAAGAGAGAGAGUGGUGGUUACAUCCUGAACGGUAACUUCUCCGUGUCUACGGUGGAGCAGGACAUUCCUGUGCUGGGUGCAGUGCUGAAGUACAGCGGCUCCUCCACCACGCUGGAGAGGAUCCAGAGCUUCGGACAGCUGCAGGAAGCCAUCACCAUCCAGCUCCUGGCCACCGCAGGGGACUCCAACCCUCCCAAGGUCAAAUAUACCUUCUUCAUCCCCAGAGAUGUCACCUUCAACAAAUCGAAGGACAGGAAAAGCUCAUCGCUCUCUCUUCAUAUGAUUCAUCCGUUCGGCGUGCCCGACUGGGUGCUGGGCGAGUGGUCUGAGUGCUCCAAGAGCUGCGGAUCCGGAUGGUCCAGGAGGAACGUCGAGUGCCGGGACAACGCUGGCUUCCUUUCCAGCCAUUGCGAUAAAGACCUGAAGCCCACUGACAUCAGGGCUUGUGGCGACCUGCCCUGCCCCAUAUGGCAGAUGGGGCCGUGGUCAGCCUGCUCACGAACUUGCGGGCAGGGGGAGCGCCACCGCAGUGUCUUCUGCAUAGACUACACUGGGAAGACUGUGGAGCCGGAGAAGUGUGACCCCAACAAGAUCCCCGAGCCGGUCUCCGGAGAAUGCCUCAACCAAGAGUGCUUAUGAAGAACAUGAGCGCAGAGGACCUUCUGAAUGGGUUGAAACAGUGAAUUUGUAACAAACCCCUUUUGUGCCUCGCAAAAUUGGAGAGGAAUGACUGCACUUACCACCCAGUCGCAUCGAGUCAUGUCCAGGGCAUCUGCCAGAAUACCGUUUUGUUGACAUUUGACAACCACUAUUGAAAUUUGAAACAAUGGAAAUCUACCUCAAGAUGUACAUGUGAUAUGUGUAGAUACUAGAUGAAGGUACUGUGUGUGUGUUUUCUCCAGAAAGGGAAGUUUUCUGGUCCCACUCUAAAUGGAGAAUAACUUUAUGAAUGAAGUUUGCAUCUGAUAUCUGGCCACUGGUAUAACCUACAGUACAUGUUUUCCUUUUUCUUUCUGAGUUAGCUGUCAUUUAAAGUGGGGCUAGUAUAAUAGCAUGAAACCUGCUGUCAAACACCAACACAGUGUAAAUAUACCUCCAUUCUGCUCCACAGAACUCAACCCCCUAUAAAGCUUUGAUCGAGCCAUUAAUGUAAGUUAUUAGAGUAGGUGCAUAAGAUGGAUAAAUUGGGAUUUUAACACCCUGGGAAACUCCCUCCUGUUUGAUUGCUUCUAUUUUCUGCACACAUAUUCAGUUACCUAAAUGUGAUUUGCAUUAAAUGAUUGCAGAGGUUAUGUUUUUAUCCUACAAAUUAGCAUGAUUUUUAUAUCUUGGAGUGAUUACAGAUUUGUGGCAUUUAUGAGUAAAACCUUCCGACGACACGAAAUCUAAGACUACCUUGGAUGUUAAAAUGUGCCAGUUGUUGCUUGUGUCAGAAUAGAUCCCUUUUGGGACAAACUAGGUGUGUAGAACUUAUACAAAUCGAUAGGACUUGAGUUUACACACUGUGUAAAAUGUCUAGCCGAGGUAAAGACGGGACAGUAAUCCAACAAAUCAAACAAACCCAUGACACAGAGAGCGUUUCCUCUGCUCGGUAGGCCUAGUUUUAUUUUAGCCUUUUCCCAGGCGCACUGUAACGCUGUUUAGAGACACGGUGAUACAGUAUGCAGUAAAAAACAAUGUUUCUUUGGAGGCGUUAUUACUAAGUUAUAACUGAUAAGAAUAGUAUCUAUCUGUGUGUAUGGAGCAUAAUUAAUUUUAUUAAUUUUCAGACCUUUGUUUUUAUGUUAAUUCAUCAUAUGCAAGCGCUCACAACUGUUUUCAGAUACCUUGUAUGUAUAUUUGAUUCUUCAUUCCAGUUGUUAAUUUACAUGUUAUAAAGCAAAAGAGAUGAAGCAUUAGGCCUAUAUCCCUUCAGUGAAGGACCAUAUUAUUUUAUUAUUACAGCUUCCUUUUUAAGCUAUUUAUUUUUGUAAAGUUUUUACCUUGGACAUGUAAUUAACAUUUCAGAUGCUGCUGUCUUUGAGAUUUUUAUGUCUAUAGAAAUGGUCAAAUAAACACAUUUAUGUCAA